AUGAAGUUGUUAGGUCCAGAAAAAAUGAUGGAUGACUUAAUAUACUACAACAUUAAUUAUUGGUGCAAAGUUUACUUCAAUACUAAAGUGAAGUGUGAUUUUGGAGACAACAACUCUGAGUGUUUUAAUGCAUGGAUCUUGGCUGCUAGACACAAGACCAUCAUUACUAUGCUUGAAGAUAUAAGAGUGAAGAUGAUGAUAAGAAUGACCAAUUUAAGGGAGUUCCCAAGUACUUGGAAGUGUAAUUUCUCUCCAAUGGUUCUAAAGGUUUUAAAGGAGAACAUUAGUAGGUCUAUAGACUGUACUAUUGAGUUUAAUGGAGUUGUUGGAUUUGAAGUGAAAGAAGGACUUUAUCAACCCAAAGUGGAUAUUGCUAGGAGAACUUGUAUUUGUAGAGUGUGGCAGUUAAGGGGCAUACAAUAUCCACAUGAUAUGGCUGCAUUAUACUUUACGAAGUUUUCUCUUUAUGACUAUGUAGAAAACUGCUACAAUAAGGAAACUUACUUGAGGACUUAUGCCAAUGUUAUUGAACCACUCACAAACAUAGAGAUGUGGCCCGUUUCUACAAACCCCACUAUUUCACCACCAGAAAUCACAAACAUAUUUGGUAGGCUAUCUAAGGCUAGAAGGAAAGAAGCUAGAGAAACUAAGAAAUCUUGGAAUCUUCCUAGGACUGGACUUGCAAUGACCUGUAGUAUAUGCCAUGUCAGAAGCCAUAACAAGAGAGGGUGUCCUCAAAGAUAA